AGAGAGCUCGGCUGUGGCCUGGAGCAAUCAAGUGAGUAAAGGGAGCUGGAGACUUUGUGAUGCCCACAGGCUAUGGCGAGUUCAGCCUGGGAGUACCCACUGUGGUCUCCCUUCUGGUUCCUGCUGCAGCUUGCGACUUUGCUGGGGAUGAUCAGGCCACAGGUCCAGACCCUCAGGCCAGAGAGCCUUCUGUUUGUGUCUACCUUGGAUGGAAGUCUCCAUGCACUGAACAAGCAAACAGGAGACUUGCAGUGGACACUGAAGGAUGAUCCCAUCAUCCAAGGACCAAUGUACGUCACAGAAAUGGCCUUUCUCUCUGACCCAGCUGACGGCAGCCUGUACAUUUUGGGAACCCAGAAACAACAGGGGCUGAUGAAAUUGCCAUUCACCAUCCCAGAGCUGGUUCAUGCCUCUCCCUGCCGCAGCUCUGAUGGGGUCUUCUACACAGGCCGGAAGCAGGACACAUGGUUUGCGGUGGACCCUGAGUCAGGUGAGACUCAGAUGACACUGAGCACAGAAGGCCUUUCUACCCCUCAACUCUACAUCGGCCGGACACAGUACACAGUCUCUAUGCAUGAUCCAAGGGCUCCAGCCCUGCGUUGGAACACAACCUACCAUCGCUACUCAGCGCCCCCUAUGGAUGAUGCACCUGGAAAAUACAUGAGCCACCUGACAUCCUGUGGGAUGGGCCUGCUGCUCACUGUGGAUCCAGGAACUGGAACUGUGCUGUGGACACAAGACCUGGGAGUGCCUGUGAUGGGCAUCUACACAUGGCAUCAGGAUGGUCUGCGCCAGCUGCCACAUCUCACACUGGCUAGGGACACUCUUCAUUUCCUUGUCCUCCGCUGGGGCCACAUCCGACUUCCUGCUUCCAGCUCCCAGGACACAGCUGCCCACUUCUCUUCCUUAGACAUCCAGCUUCUGAUGACACUGUAUGUGGGGAAAGAAGAAGCUGGUUUCUAUGUCUCCAAAGCACUGGUCCACACUGGGGUGGCCCUCGUGCCCCGUGGACUGACCCUGGCACCCAUGGAUGGGCCCACAACAGAUGAAGUGACACUUCAAGUCUCAGGGGAGCGAGAGGGCUCACCCAGCACUGCUGUCAGAUACCCCUCAGGCAGUGUGGCCCUCCCCAGCCAGUGGCUACUCAUUGGGUACCAUGAACUUCCCCCUGUGCUGCAUACCACCAUGCUGAGAGUUCAUCCCACCCCAGAGAAAGAGUCUGCUGAGACAAGAACCCCAGAGGACCUCCAUGCUCCAGCUCUCUUCUCUGAGCUCCUGAGUCUGAGGAGGGAAGAACCUUGGGAUCCGGAACUACAUCCUGAAGAGAAAGCUUCAGGGUUGGGAUCCCAAGACCUGCUGGCAGCUAGCUUCACGGCCAUCCUCCUGGGGGCCUGGGUCCUCUACUUGGUGAGGCAGCAGCAGCAGAGUCCUCUGGCACCUGAAGGCUCUAAUGACCCCUCACCAGAUGCUCAGACACAGCCCUCGGGAGCCACCCUGGAGAACCAGAAGGGAUUUCAAAGCCCCUCAGAGCAAGGCAGGCCAUCCCACGACCCUGAAGCAGAGCAGCCCACUGUAGUGGGGAAGAUUUCCUUCAACCCCAAGGAUGUGCUGGGACGUGGGGCAGGCGGAACUUUUGUUUUCCGAGGACAGUUCGAGGGACGGGCAGUAGCUGUGAAGAGGCUCCUCCGAGAGUGCUUCAGCUUGGUUCAGCGAGAGGUGCAGCUGUUGCAAGAGUCUGACAGGCACCCCAAUGUGCUCCGCUACUUCUGCACUGAGCGUGGUCCCCAGUUUCACUACAUUGCCUUGGAGCUCUGCCAGGCCUCCUUGCAAGAGUAUGUGGAGAACCCAGAUCAAGACCGCUGGGGCCUGGAGCCCACCAUGGUGCUACAGCAGAUGAUGUCCGGCCUGGCCCACCUACAUUGCUUACACAUAGUACACCGCGACUUGAAGCCAGGCAACAUUCUCAUGGCUGGGCCUGACAGCCAGGGACAAGGCAGAGUAGUCAUCUCUGACUUUGGCCUCUGCAAGAAGCUACCUGCAGGCCGUUGUAGCUUCAGUCUCCAUUCCGGCAUUCCUGGCACAGAAGGCUGGAUGGCACCAGAGCUCCUGCAGCUGCCCCCAGAUAGCCCCACCAGCGCUGUGGAUAUCUUCUCUGCAGGCUGUGUGUUUUAUUAUGUGCUUUCUGGUGGCAGCCACCCCUUUGGUGAGAGUCUCUACCGCCAGGCCAACAUCCUCUCAGGGGAUCCCUGCCUGGCUCAUCUGGAGGAAGAGACCCACGACAAGGUUGUGGCUUUGGAUUUGGUGAAAGCCAUGCUGAGCCUGCUGCCUCAGGAUCGCCCCUCAGCAGGAUGGGUGCUGGCCCACCCCCUCUUUUGGAACAGAGCCAAGCAGCUCCAGUUUUUCCAGGAUGUCAGCGACUGGUUGGAGAAGGAGCCAGAGCAGGGACCCCUCGUGUUGGCACUGGAGGAAGGAAGCCACAAGGUGGUUCGAGAGAACUGGCAGAAGCACAUCUCAGCACCACUGCAGGCAGAUCUGAAAAGGUUCCGAUCAUAUAAGGGGACAUCAGUAAGAGACCUACUCCGUGCCAUGAGGAAUAAGAAGCACCACUACAGGGAGCUCCCAACUGAGGUACACCAGGCACUAGGCCAACUCCCUGCUGGCUUCAUCCAAUACUUCACAAACCGUUUCCCGAGGCUGCUGCUCCACACCCACCAUGCCAUGAGGACCUGCGCUUCCGAGAGCCUCUUUCUGCCCUACUAUCCGCCAGCAUUGGAUGCCAGGAGCUCCUGGCAGAUGCCACAACGAACUAAGACAACCAAGGACCCCAAAGGAAAUGGGUGCUCUGCUGUGAUGAUCGAGGUUCCCUGCCUUCUCCAGAUGUUCAGCGAUACUCACCUUGCCGCACCAGCCCUCGCUCUGAGGGCUUAGAGGCAUUGACACUGGUCAACUGCUGCAGCAAGUCACUAAGGUGGCACUCGAUGGCUUCAUUUGUCUCCCGAACCACUGGUUCCUCCUUUUCCCGGGGACGGUCAGGCAAUGGGUUCUCCACACCUAAGAAGGUGACAUGGUCAUUGGCCAGGCACAAAACUGGGGAGGGAUCAUAGGACUACCUGCCACAGCUAGCACUCUUCCCACAGUACCCAUUAACUAACACUGCUGUGGGGAACUGAGUCAGUACCAGGUUUGUGUGUCGGGUACACACUGAGAGGUCAAAGUGUCAGGUGCUCGGGCCUCUGCUCCAACAGCCUGGCCUUCCAGGACAGCAGCUGUCACUGUCACUCAGGGAGGCAUCCUGAAGGCACCAACUCAAGCAAAGAACGAAGAUCACCUUGUGCAUCCAGGAAGGUGGAAGGAUGGACGAAGCAGAGUAGCCCUUCUACUUUGUGAGCUUAUAGAUAACUGAGUCUAAUGAGACGCACGCACACGCACGCACACACAAGCGUUAAGUUGGCCUAUGGUGGCGGGGGCAUGCUGGACGCUGGUCACUCCUGCUGUCUUUGUACUUGAACAUUUCCCCAAACCAACAUGUGUUAGUUCUCCUGUGAAACAGGAUAUUUCUUAAAUUUUCAAUUAAAAACAACAAUCAAAAUCCCA